CGACCAGUGGCGGCAGGCCAAAGCAUAAGGUAUCGAGGUCCACACAUAUAUCAUGUAGAAACAGCCACAACAACUCUCCUUCUAAUUGUUCUUCCUCAUAUAAGGUCGCCCAUCAUCAUCAAAACACCGUAAUCCCCCUCAAUACGAUGGUUCUCCCCGCACCCGACAUCAAGAAUGACAUCGCGAACUCAGUGGAUAAUCUGCAGAAGUUGUACCCAGGCGAAUUUGAUGCAAAGAAACACCUAUACUUGCCUCAUGGCAAAUAUGCUUUCGCUGCCGAACAUAAAUUCCAGGGUAAGAAUAAAAAGCAAAUAGGCCUUCGCUCAGGGUAUGGAUACCGUAUAAACAUCCGAAGUGGCGUUAUUGCUGGGCAUAAUGUUACCUGUCUCUGGAAAACUUGGGAUGUUUCCAAAGCAUGGAAAGAGUUCUUUCAAGAGUUAUACUUCUACUCCCACCCCGAACUUUUGAGAUGGCUUCAAGGGACCGUCGUUUCACACGUAAUUGGUGUGCAUGAUGAACCUAAUGGACAAAAGAGUAUUUUCAUGGAAGCACCUCAUCACACACACUGGCAUACAGCACAUCCAGACUUGUCCAUUGGCGAAAAACAGGCGGUUAUUCGAGCAUACGAAGCUUUGCAUGCGCACGGCAUCAUGCACAAUAACAUCAGCGUCCAUAACAUAUGCAUAGAUCAAGAUAUGAACGUCACACUGCUAAACUUUGAAAGGUCCUGCUGCUUGAAAGACAAGGGAAUAGAUGCAGUCCCCGGGUGUGAUCAGGAAGCGCUGGCGCGAGAAAUGCGACAAGUCAAAUUCUUGAUUUCCUACAUGGAUGCAAGGCUUAUUGAAGCUGAAAUCAUCACAGCUUCACAAGCCUCUCCCAGUGAACAGCAGAUCGAGCCGCUUGACCUCGACGAUAUUGUUCGCUGGCUCAAAGAUGUUGAAAACACCCAUACCAUUCCGAUCGAUAUGCGCAAUCGGCCACUUCCAAAUGAUGGACGUAAGAGAGCCAAAAAACCUAAGGUCAAGGCGGGAGCAAUCAUUCGAUGGGAUUCAGCGGGAUCUAUGCGAGAUGCUGACAAUGCUGGAUUCCAUAGUGAACCGAUCGUGCCUCCUAUUCUUCUGCCGAUUUCACAAUCAUUUUCAUCCACAAUCAUUGCUACGCCUUCGCCACAAUUAAACCCUCCUGCAAACAGACAUGGGUUCUUUUCCGUAGAUCAGCUCCCACCCUCGAAUUCUCGUGGUGCACUGCUUUCCAAUUGUCCUGAAGAGAACACUUCUCAUACACAGGACGGGGAUAUCAACAUGCAGCUUCCGCUGUUCCGGUCUGAUCCUGAAGGAACGGCAUCAAAUGGCCUGCAUGAUAUCCCUGUUCACUCGCCACCAGCCUCUCCCCUUGCCCCUCCCCCGUUACUGCCCACACCCAUGUCGGACACCUCGGAGCGAAUUCCACAAACACCACCAACUUGCCCACUGUUAGCACAUCUUGCUUCCCCACCGUCGCCCGACUACCCCCAAAUUCGCACCUUCGCUCCAUAUCCUGACCAGCCGCCUUCCCCUAAGGUGUUCUGCGACCUGACACACGAGCAACUCCGCCUCGCAAUAAAGCAGCACAAUGUUGUUGUAGACACUAGAUUAUCCUCGCAAGCUACAAUCAAUACAGACAAAAACAACGUCGUCUUUCACCCCGAUACAAAUGAUAACGGCACAUACGCUACGGGAAGCGAUCCUUUUCGCAAGCGGAAGAAGAGACGGCGACCUACUCCAUUUUUCUCGGAAUGCUUCAUCUCCUCUGAGGAAGAGACCGUCCCCGAUGAGCACGAGGAAGAUGAAGAACCUGAGCCUGAGGUCGAAGUCGAUUUCGAAGAACUCGUCGAGGAAGCUCAUCUCGCAAAACUGAGAGGGCGCCGACGCGUUUCGCGUUCUGGUGUGUUACCUGCCAUGGUUCCCGCCAAAUCCAUGUGGCCUGGUCCAGAGGCAAAACCUCCUGUCGUUGCCCAACGAAGUACCAGCAUGCCAUCGUUGCCAGCAUUGUCCUCGGUCAGCGAAGAAGCGAGUUCUGGCGAUACUUCAGGAGCCCCUCCUUACACUGUGGUUUUCCUUGGAGCUAACGGGAGUCCGGAUGAGGUUUGGAAGCUCCCCGUACCUGCGUUCAUGUUGAUCAAGUCAUCGGUUGCGAGGCAGCCACAGGCCCAGAAACUCCGAGUAGAGCAGGUCCCUCGGCUGCGAGGACCUCCCCCAUCAAUGAAUUCUUCCCCUUCGCGGGCGCCAGAUCAGGACGCACAAAGUCGGUUCUCCAAGAAGCGGAAGAUCGACUGCGUGGAAGGGAUUGAAUAUCUAGAACAGACAUCAAAGCGCGCACGCCAGGGCCAGUUAACGCCCAGCUCAUGCGUUAUAUGUUAGACUAUACUCAAGUCGGACCACUCAGUUCUUAGCAGUCAUCUUCGUUAUAUGUUAGAUUAUACUCAUGUCGGACCACUCAGAUCUUAGCAGUCAUCCUGUUGGGCCAUAUUGUUGGCCAUGUAGCUUUAUCAAAUGUAUGAUCACGGAUAAAGAAUGCUUGAAGUCUGAAGCAACUCCUACGAUGCAUUGUGUCCUC